AAGCUAAAUGGAAAAAAAAACAAAAAACACGCACUCUUUUCGAUGCUGUUCCGUCCUAUGCAUGUAUGAACAGUCAGCACAAGCUUCCCAACAAACAAAGAAAGGUUGGCUCUCACCUCGAUUGUAUCAAAUUGGAGAACCCAUAGUAAACCUAUAAUAAAUACGCAUCAGAAAACCCGACUUUGAACCAUCCAGAAAAGACACAGAGCCUACCCCACCAGCGACCAGAGCGCCGGAAACGGGUCCCACGAGAAACGACAUGAGUGUUGGGGACGAGCGAUCUGCACAGCCACGUAUGCGUAUAUCCAUCCCGACCAUCCCGACCCAUUCAACUUCGACCCCCACACCCCCGGCAGAGGCCAUCCAGCGCGUCGUCGAGUUCCUCGCUCCAGGAACGGUGGCCCUCAUCACCGGUGCUGGCGUCAGCGUCGAUUCUGGUAUACGCGCUUAUAGAGGGCAUGAUGGCCGGUACAUGAAUCCUAAUUACCAGCCUAUACUUUAUCACGAGCUGGUGGAUGAGACCGAGAGAGGGUUCACUUUUAGGCAGCGAUACUGGUUGAGGUCCUAUCUAGGAUACCAGCCCGUCGUGAGCGCCCUUCCCAACACGACCCAUUACGCUCUCGCCGCGCUCCAGCACGCUUCCGUCGUCCCUCGUAUAAUCACUCAGAACGUCGAUGGCUUGCAUCACAAAGCCCUCUCCCUAUCCCACCUAAUCAACCCCCAAGAAGCUAUCCUCGAGCUCCACGGGACUUUACACCGCGUACGCUGUAAACAUGGCCAUCCAGUCGACCGCUCGACCUUCCAGCAGAUGCUUUCUCUCGCUAACCCCCAAUGGAAAGCGUUUUUAGACGACGUCGAACGGACAGGCAAUAAACCGCGGACGAACCCAGAUGGUGAUGUCGACGCUGAAAGCCUCGGAGCCUCCUACACCUCCUUCACCCUCCCAGACUGCCCCACGUGCCUCCUGCAAAACCGGCGAAACUCAACACACAAACCCGAGGUUGUCUUUUUCGGAGAAUCCAUAUCACAGGAGGUCAAAGACCGAUCGUUCCUCGACGUCGAGCGCUCGGACAGGCUGAUGAUCAUAGGCACGACCCUAGCUACCUACUCCGCAUUCCGCCUGCUCAAGCACGCUGUGGAGCUCCGCAAACCGGUUCUGGUGGUUAAUGUCGGCCCUACGAGGGCCGAUGGCGUUCCGGGGGUGGAGAAGGUUGAUGUGGCCAGUGGGGUAGUUAUGCCGGAUGUGGUGAGGGCGUUGUUAGGCAGCCGUGUACAGGACGAUAAAGUCAUUCUGGAGAUGCUGCAGAGCGGGGUGGUUAACCCCCCACCUGCGGACGACGAUGACCGCACUGAGGGAUAGAUUAACGUUAUAGAUGUUGAAGAGACAUACUAGAGCUUCUGUUUUUUUUUAUAAUACUUCUACUCGUUAUUCUUUGGCGUCCGGCCAAAGCUGACGUCUUUCGCAGAUGUUACGCACCUUCCUCGUAACAGGGCUUUCUAUCCGAGAAUGCUACCACCAUCAUCCCCAGCAGUCCAUCCACCCCUGCCUCCCUUCUAAU